GAAGAGAUGAAUCAAGAUAGAUCCAUGGAUACUUUCAAUAAUCACAUUGAACCAAAGUCGAUACAUAUGGAAAAAGAAGUGAAAAAGGGGCAAGAGGAGGAGGAGAAGGAGGAGGAGGAAGAAGAGGAAUCAUAUCCUUCUGAAUUAGUACCUGAAGGUGCCUUGACUCCUUUUGAAAAAGAAUUAUCUCCUGAACAAGAUAUGAGUGUUCCUGAAGCUACAAAACAAAAAGAAGAAAAAGUAAAAAAUACUGAAAUUCUUAUAGAAAAGAAAGAAGAGAAUGAAAUGAAGAAGGUAGAAGAAGAAAAGAAAGAAGAAAUAAAAAAGACAGAAGAAGAAAAGAAAAAUCCUGCUUCAGAUGCUCAUGAUUAUGCUGAAGUCAUUAUUGAUGCUCUUGUCUUUUCUCGUACUUCUUCUAUGCCAAUAAGUGACAUUUGCUCACGUAUUCUGAAAGCAAAUCCUGCUUAUGCAGAACAACCACGUGAAAUUUGGAUUGAACGUAUUCGAACAGUUUUAAAAGAUAAACCCUUCUUUGGUGAAAUUCAACGUAAAGGAAAGACAGCAGAUGGAAGUCCUAAAGAGAAUUUAUAUUAUUAUAAUAGCGAAUUAGAUCCAGUUGAAUGGCGUCGUGCUACAUAUACUCAAGUGGGUAGAAGUGCCCGUAAAUGUACUUUAAAAGAUAAGCAAUACUUUUGGAAAAUUCCCCCCAAGUUGGGUCGUCAUAGAAACUCUUAUAUCCCUCCUCCUGCUUCUGAACAUAAAAGGCAAAGAGCUGCACGACAACAAGGUAGUGAUGAAAAUGUUGAGCCAAAGAAGGCCAAACAUCAAUAAAAGCACAUCUCUCUCUCUUUUUUUUUUUCUUUUUUUUGUUUAAUAUAUGUAUACAUAUAUAUAUAUAUAUA